AUGCAGGACGCUUUUGUGCACAACAUUUCUUUCACAGAGUUCAAACUGAUUGGCUUUCAUAAUUUGGGAGAAUGGAGACCUCUGCUAUUUAUUCCUUAUUUUCUAAUGUUUUUUUUGUCUAUUGUAGCAAACUCUAUGCUGUUGUAUGUAAUAAUAUCUAACAGGGCUUUGCACUCUCCUAUGUUUGUACUGAUUGGUCUUAUGGCAGUUGUGGACUUGUGUGGACCAGUGCUGUUUGUACCACACAUGUUGCUCAGCUUUUUAUUUGGCUGGAAUGGGAUUUCUCUGCUGGGUUGUUUAAUACAAAUGCUUUUCAUUCAUUAUUCUGGAUCUUGUCAAUGUACAAUAUUGUUAUGUAUGGCACUGGAUCGUUACUUUGCUAUAUGCAGACCACUGUUUUAUCACAAGCAUAUGGAAAUCACCAACUUUUUGAAGUACAUUAUACUGCCUUUAAUCAAAAAUGGGGUCCUAAUUACCACUGUAGUCUGUCUGGCUGGGAGACUGUCUUACUGUGCAACAGAUGUGAUAGAUCACUGUUUUUGUGAGCACAUGGCGUUGGUUCAGUUGGCAUGUGGAGACAUUUCUAUAAACAACUUGAUAGGACUUAUGACUGUUUUCCUAGUACCAGCUGUAGAUUUUAUUUUAAUUACUGUGUCUUACAUAAUUAUAUUUGUCUCUGUUCUGAAAUCUGGCAAGGCUCAUUUGAAGGCUAUGAAUACUUGUAUUACUCAUAUAAUCGUCAUUGCAUUUACUACACUUUUUGCCUUAAUGGCAUUUAUGUCUUAUAGAAUAAGAAAUAAUUUCUCUCAAAGCAGCCAUGUGUUUCUGAGUACAAUGUACUUACUUUUUCCAAGCUGCUGCAACCCAAUCAUUUAUGGACUGAGAACAAAAGAAAUAAGAAAUCAUGUUCUGAAAUUAAUAAAACAUCUAAAAAUCAUACCCUUGUAA